GUUCCGAGAAGAACACUGAAGGGCAUUACGGAGGCAAAUGGAAACACGGAGGCGACGACUAUAAGAAGUAUAAGAAAAGCGGUGGCGAUAAGGCAACACAUAAGGGCGGAAAAGAAUAUGGGAAAUACGGCAAAGACGCCAAAGGGCACUAUAAACAUGGACAGUUUGAAGGUAAAAAGUAUGGUAAGAAAUCUCAUGGAGGUUCUGGCGGACAGGGGGGCAAAAAAGGGAAAAAAUACUACAAAGACAAGGGCUAUAAAAAGAAGGGUUUCAAAAACGUUUACCACAAGGAAGAGUUCGGCGAUCACAAAACCUAUUUCGACGAAUUCCGAGACAAAGACUUUAAGAAGAAAUGGAAAGGAUUUAACGAUCACUACGACUACAAAGGGGGCAAGAAGUGGAAGGGAACUGAUGGCAAACAAUACCACAAAAAGAAAUCAGUUGGCGAUCACCACAAAAAAUACGGCAAAGGCUCGUAUAAGAAGAACAAUGCGGACGAGUAUAAGAAGGGCGGUGAUUACUACAAGUCAGGCCACGGGUCUAAAGGCAAUCGUGGCGGACAUAAGUCACAUAAGGGUCAUCACUCCAAGAAGUCACAUAAAAAGGGCGGAAAAGGCCAUCAUU